CUUCCUCAUCUGACAUUCGCCAAAUGUCAAAUUUAAGCAAAAUUGGCAAAACUUGUAAACAAUAGAUGGUAAAGAAAAAACGCUGAUUGGAAAUUUAAUUUAAUUUUGGUUCGGAUUUGAUUGUCCUGUCCAGGGGCAAUCAAUAUGUGCAGAUUGCUGUGGACACUAACCUACUUCCUGCUGACCAGUUCAUCGAUUGUGUUCACCGCGUGCGUCAAUAAUGUCACUGGCACAAGUUCACCUGGUUCAGGAUCGGCUAGUAGUAGCAGCAGCAGCACAUCCCUGACCAGUGGUGGACAUAUUCAUCGGACAGCAGCUGCCAUUGAGAGGGUGAAUAAAUUGUGGUGCUAUGCCUGUGAUACCAUGGACGAUGGUCAGGCCUGUGUGGAUGUAGUUUCCCGCAAUGAUACAUCUCUGAUGAAGAAAUGCCUGGGCGAGGAAUUCAUCUGCAUGGUGAAGCGUUUCUCGUACACCACCAGCACCGAGAACUCGACUAGUUCGCCCAAGAUGUGGUCCCUGGAUCGUCGCUGUACGGCCAACUGUGAGCCCGGAUGCAUUAUAAUUGGUGAACGCACCAAAUUAUAUGCUUGCACCUCGUGCUGUGAGGAAUCCCUCUGCAAUACGGGUCGCGGGGCUGCCUCAGGGAUCUUUCAUCGCGAGGACACGGGCAUUGGUACGCGCAUCUUUUGGCUGGCUGCUCCAUUUCUGGUCAAUAUAUCGCUAAUGUUGUACAAGAAACAUGCCUGUCAUGUGCUCAUCAUUAAACUGGAGUAAGCACAAUGAAAGUAUAGUCAAAUAACUAGCCAAAAUGUAAAGAAUUCCUUUACUUAAUUACCUUUAUUUAAUUAUAAAUGCAAUUUUUCUCCCAAGUUGCCCAAAGACUAAGCAAUUUAACUAGCUCAAAUUGUAAGCGAUAUUCGCAUAUUUCUAAUUUUAGUUCACUUUGAAAUAACUUGGAAUUGUAUUAUCCUUAAGGGGAUAAGAGUUCAGUAAGUGAGUGUAAAACUAAGCAUGCUCUUUUGCAAUUGUCCUUUUUUGUUCACUUGUUCUUUUUUAAUCACUUAAAAUCAUCUAACUAUCAAAAUAAAAUUCAGAAUGCUUAUGUUGAACAAGUGAGCAACUGAACAACUGAGCAAUUGAGUGAUUAACUGAACAAAAUGAGUAAAUUUACUCACUUCUAUAAAAAGAACAAGUGAACUUAUUCAGCAAAAAGAGUAAUUUCAAAUCCAUGUAAUUAUCAAAAUAAAAUUCAGAAUGCUUAUGCUGAUCAAGUGAGCAACUGAACAAUUGAGCAACUGAACAAAUGAGCAACUGAACAACUGAGCAAUUGAGUGAUUAUAUGAACAAAAUGAGUACGUUGACUCACUUCGAUGAAAAUAACAAGUGAAAUUAUUCAGCAAAAGGAGCAAUUUCAAAUCCAUGUAAUUAUCAAAAGAAAUUCAGAAUGCCUCUGCUGAACAAGUGAGCAACUGAACAAAUGAGCAACUAAAAAACUGACCAAUUGAGUGCUUCCCUGAACAAAAUGAUUAAAUUGACUCUUUUAGAUGAAAAGAACAAGUGAACUUAUUCAGCAAAAUGAGCAAUUUAUACCCAAAGCUAGUCUGAAUAUCUUUUAAACUUUCUUAUAUGUCCUUCAAGCCACACCAAAUAUCUAAGCUAAAAACAAAAUAGAUUCAAAUUAAAGAAAUUGUUGGUAAAUCAUCUUUAAACAUUAAACAAAUGCUCACUCAUAGCCUUAAGUAAAGAUCGUAUCUCUUUAAAUUGACUAACUAGAAUUUGUAAUUAAUGAAAACAAUAGAGAAUUUAUGUAUUUAAUUAAAAUUGUUUGCCCUGAAACGAAUUUGCAAACAUUGAAAGGAAA